AUGGCCGACAACGCUCUCAGCUCUCGCACCGAGGUCGCAAACGAAGCAGCCUCUGUGCGCGCAGAAUUAAAAAUCUGGGAGAAGGAAUUCGCGUCGACUCACGACGGGAAAAAGGCUGGCCGGGAUGACAUCAAACAAAACCCAGAUAUCGCUGCCAAAUAUAAAGAAUACGGUCGGCUCAAAGCCCUCGAGUCCUCCCUCGCUCGACGCGAGAACCGCCGACAUGAACCGUCCGACAGCCACUCCAAGAAGCGAAAGCACGCGUCUCCGACUGAAAACGCACAUGCACACAUGGAAUCCACGCCGCGCAAGUCGGCCAAGGGCCUGUUUGCGACACCAUCCCAUCCUCGAACCAAAGCCCAUCCCUCGCAGCUAGACCCAUACGACUCACCCUCCACGCUUCGCAGACUCUUCAGUCCCAGCACGCACCGGCAGAGUAUGCCGGCGCCAUCACCCCUCAAACCUGUCAUUGGUCCGACCCCUCAACGUGACGGGAAAGCACUAGGACUCUUUGAUCUUCUCUCUGAGUCGGGGGGAAGCAACGCGACACCCUCGGGCAAGAAGAAAGCAGAUACACUUGCGGCUGGAUUCCAAACCCCAUCCAAGAAAAAGACUGUGGAGCCGAUCCCAGAAGCCCCGGAAGAAGACCAAGAACAGGAAACCCCACGACUAGCCCGGACCCCAGCAUCCUCGACCAAGCAGUUCUAUCUUGCGAAUUUAUUCGCGACGCCCACGACAAUGCGCUAUGCCGCCAUGGUGGAGGCGGAAGACAAUGCUGCGCAGGACCAAGGGCCUCAAGACGCGGUGUCUGCAGCAGCCCCAGAGACAGCACUGUCUGGAACACCGAGUUUUCUCCGCCGGUCGAAUUCCGGGCGUUACCUUGCGCCGAAUGCAAACCGCGACAGUUCGGGACUGAGUCCGAUGGUUUCUCGAAAGCCGCAGCAGUUUGCCGGCAAAGGACUUUCACAUUUGGUCCAGGGACUUCGAGCCAUGGAAGAGGAACAGCUAGAUGACGACUGGGAUGUGCUCCGGGAGAUCGAGGCCGACCAGGAAGAGGCCAAUAUCGAGGUGGCAGACAGCCAAGUUCCUAUAGAUGAGGUGCGCCGGCCGUACAAGAAGAAGGGGCAAAAACGAACCACCCGCAAGGUGACCAUGAGACCCGUCGCGCCACGCGCAAAACCUCGUCCGAAUCCCGCCGCCGCUACACAUGACGCAGACCCAGAGAGCGACGAUGAGCUGGCUGCAGUUCCGGAGACGCAGCAUCUGGGAGCCUCACCGAACACUUAUGAGGAUAAUGACCAAGAGGAGAAUGAAGGUGACGGCGACGAUGCCGCUUCCCUCCAUACUAUGUCUGAUCCCGAACUCGACUCGGACGCAGAUCCCACGGCGGACUCGGAUGGCGACCCUGAAUACGCCGACAAGCCCAAGCCACUUCCCAAGACGAAGAGUUUCUCGGAGCGAAUCAAGGAAGCCGUGUCAUCCACGAAACCAAAAACCAAAGAGACGCAGGGAAAGGCACCGGAGGCAACUGGAAAGGAAGAAAAGAAGCCUCGUGCCCGCAAGAUUAAUCCCCAGGCCCAUGCCAACUACCGAUCCUUGAAGAUUGGGAACAAGGGUUCUCGGGGCAGAGGGGGACGAUUCCGCCGCAGAUAG